UUUACCAAAAGAUUCCACGGAGAAGUUAAGCCAAACUGGUAGCACUCUUGUCUCUUGAGAAAACCUCCUCUACCAGUGCGUUUCGCGUGGAAUUACCAUCCACCGUGAAAAGCGAAACUACUGAUUUUUUAAUUGAUAUUCUAUUAUAAAAUCUCCAUCUGUGGUUCUGCACUGUUCGUAAAUCUAUCAUAUGUCCGGCAUCCGGAGUGCCGACGGAUAGCAGUCAACACUCACCAGCACAGUGUGUACUUGAAGAUGCACGUGUCUGCAGAAAUGUUGAGUCACCAAUCUCCACCGGAUCAACGUGUCGRCGGCAACGUAACCGUUCAAAAUCCACCGCCUGCUGCCGCCUCCGGAGCCAAUCAGAACAGCGUGUCGUCGUCAGUGGCUGGCUCCGAGGAGAAAUUGAGGAGCACAGCAAACCGGCGGGAGUCUGUUCCAACGGGUGAGUUAAAUGGUGAAGCGUAUGUGAACAUUGGUGAGGAAGCUCCUCCUAGGUUGGAAAAGUUCAAGAAAGUUUCGGUAAUACCUCUCAUAUUCCUCAUCUUCUAUGAGGUAUCUGGGGGGCCGUUCGGUGCUGAAGACAGUGUUGGUGCGGCUGGGCCUCUUCUGGCCUUACUUGGGUUUCUGGUAUUCCCCUUCAUUUGGAGUGUUCCUGAAGCCCUAAUAACUGCAGAAAUGGGUACCAUGUUUCCAGAGAAUGGGGGCUAUGUGGUUUGGGUUUCAUCAGCACUGGGACCCUUUUGGGGUUUUCAGCAAGGUUGGAUGAAAUGGCUAAGUGGGGUUAUUGACAAUGCUUUAUACCCAGUUCUGUUUCUGGACUAUGUGAAGUCAGCUAUCCCAGUUUUAGGUGGGGGUUGGCCUAGGGUUCUCGCGGUGCUGGCCCUGACUCUGGUCCUCACUUAUAUGAACUACAGGGGGUUAACAAUAGUAGGCUGGACGGCUGUGUUCUUGGGGGUUUCUUCACUUAUCCCUUUUGUUGUUAUGGGAUUCAUUGCAAUCCCAAAAUUGGAGCCCUCAAGAUGGUUAGUGGUAAACCUGCACAAAGUGGAUUGGCGUUUAUACUUGAAUACUCUGUUUUGGAAUUUGAACUACUGGGAUUCAGUUAGUACUCUUGCAGGAGAAGUUGACAACCCAAAGAGAACCCUCCCCAAGGCUCUCUUUUAUGCUCUCAUAUUGGUCGUUUUUGGGUACUUUUUCCCUCUUCUAAUUGGAACUGGAGCUACUCCACUCAAUCGUGAUAUGUGGAGCGAUGGCUACUUCUCGGAUAUUGGGAAAAUGUUAGGUGGGGUUUGGUUGAGAACAUGGAUCCAGGGGGCUGCUGCAUUGGCAAACAUGGGGAUGUUUGUGGCAGAGAUGAGCAGUGAUUCUUUCCAGCUUCUAGGGAUGGCCGAACGAGGGAUGCUUCCUGAGUUCUUUGGCAAUAGGUCUCGUUAUGGAACCCCUCUGGUUGGAAUCUUGUUCUCUGCCUCUGGUGUGAUUUUACUGUCAUGGUUGAGCUUUGAAGAGAUUGUAGCUGCAGAGAACUUUUUGUAUUGUUUUGGAAUGAUUUUAGAAUUCAUCUCAUUUGUUAAGUUGAGGAUACAAAACCCAACAGCUUCACGGCCAUUUAAGAUACCUGUUGGAACAAUUGGAGCCAUUUUAAUGUGUGUUCCUCCAACCAUAUUGAUCUGUGUGGUUUUAGCUAUUGCUUCUCUUAAGAUCAUGGGUAUAAGCCUUCUUGCUGUGCUUAUUGGGUUUCUUCUGCAUCCUGGUCUCAAGUAUGUUGAGAAGAAGAGAUGGAUGAGGUUCUCCAUAAGUGCUGACCUUCCAGAUCUUUAUGCAGCAACUAAUAAUGAAAGCAUAGAGACCAUAAGGAAUUGAAUGAGUCACUGCAUUCAGCAUGUAGAGACGCAACAGUCCAGAGUGCCAUAGUAUGAUAACAAGAAAUGCUUUUGAAUGGUGUACUUAACACCAAAAGUUCCAGGCCGCUUCAACCUGCUAAUUCCAAACAACAUCUCUGCUCUCUGGGGAAACCAAACAGUUGGUGGUAACAUUUCUUCUCCAACUUUGUUAUUACUUGUUAGAGAUUAGGCUAUUUUGCCUUGAUUGCCGACUUUAAUCGAGUGACUGAAACAUUUUUAUAUGUUUAUCAUUAUGUAACCAAGAGCCAUAUAUGUUGUCAUGAUCUCCAGUAGUAGGGGCAUAAGGAAAAUAGUUGGGAGUUGGAAUUCAAGAAAAAAAAAGUUAUCUUGUUUGUAUAAAGAGUUGUUAUUAGAUUUAAUCUAUUAUAUGCAUUUAUGUGUCAGUA